AUGGCAAUCGUGACUGGUUGUCGCAAAGAUCCACCGAGUGACAUAAAUUUUAGUGUAUAUAAACUAGUACGAUCUGACUGUCGUCAGAUUAUCGCGUAUCGACCGAUGUUAACUGGGAAAAUCGUUCGUAGAGUGCGUGGAUCGAUGAUCGUCGUGGUCCUUGUGCUCUGGAUCGUUGCUCGAGGUGAAGCUGAGGAUGGAGUGAUCGAGGACAGGAAGAUCGACGCGGAUCCCUAUAGGAUUAUUGGGACCAGUGCUAGACAAUAUAGCACUGGCAGACAAGUGUUCGACUACCGGAAUAAUGGCGUCAGAGUGGACGUCAGAGUGGUUCCAUCUUUGAAAAAUGAUUCCACAAGGGACGAUAACUUCCCAGAAUUCCCCACGACGGAUAUAGGCCGCUGUAUUAUCGAUCUCUCUCUGGUCUGCGCUAGGAAACGUCUCGGUCGAUUCCUGGAGUCAAUUAGAGACCUGAACGAAAUCUACUUAAUGGGACAGAAGAUCAAAUUGGUGAAGACUAGAGUGAUCGAUAAUCGUAGAUCCACGAACGAGAGUAACGACACUAUCGAGCGUAGUGUCGAUGAUUUUUUCGAUACCUUCGUCCUGAGAAUCACGCUACCAAGAUGGAAUGGGAAACGAGAGAGAAAUCAGAUCGAUCUUAUGUUCGACGAAACUGCCAUUUCUGAGGGACGUGGAAAAGGAGGUGGAGGGAAAGGCAAAGGUGGCAAGUGUAAGAUGAUGAUGAUGGCUGGGUUGAUGAUGAUGAAAAUGAAACUAAUGGGUGUGGUAACGAUGAAAGGAAUGAUGAUGGGAGGCAUGUCUCUCAUGCUGUCAAUGGCGAUGCUGCUGCAGAAAUACAUGAAAGGUGGAGGUGGUGGAGGUGGUGGAGGUGGCGGAGGAGGAGGUCAAUACAAGGAAAUCGUUCUUCUGACAAAAUCUGGUGGAGGUGGAGGAGGUGGUGGAGGUGGUGGAGGUGGCCAUUCAUAUUCAGAUUCUUAUCACAGUGCACCACCAGCCUCAAGUUACGGGCCACCGUCAGGUGGAGGUGGUGGAGGAUGGGGACGUAGCUUCGAAAGACGAUUCACAGCGACAAAUUACAAUAGAACGAACUAUACGACAGACUCGAGAAAUUCUUCCGUUAAAAACGGACCACCUGUUUCAACCAAGAAUUUCAUCGAUCGUCGGAGCUACGAGUAUCAUCCUGUCAAUUCUAAUUUCACAUAUUCCAGCUGGAAUUCAACUAAUUACGAGGAACCAGUGACGUAUCGAUACCUGGGUAACAAGACUGUGAGCGAUGUGGGAAAUAACAGCGACGUGGAGCCGUUUCUGCGUUCAGAAUCCGAUAAUUACGCCGUCGACGAGGCUCCCUAUCGGAUAGAGGGUUCCAGGGAUUCGAGGCCAGUCGUUGGUUACGCGGACAACGUCGAUCAUGUCGCCACGACGAACUACAUCGCGAACAACUAUGACACGGGUGUAGUGUAUCCAGUUUACAGCGACGAGUGGCAGCCCGUCGAGGAGAAGUCCCAGGCGUCGAGUUUGAGGAGAGAUAUUGGAGGAUCGAAUAGCGGAGAGACGAAUUUGCGUGGAAUUUAG